AUGAGUAGCGAAGAACUAAAUAGGGCAUCGUAUCUUCUCGAUGCCCAAAACAAGGCCAUUGCUCUCUUCGACGAAAUCGAGCGAGACCUCAUCCGUGCUGGUGUCAGCGAAAAAGUUUUAAGCGAUGAGAUUCAUGAGCUUGCCACCAAACGCCACGGCAUCAAAACUCACUGGCACAAGAGAGUUAUUAGAAGCGGACCCAACACACUCAGUCCCUUCGAAGAGAAUCCUCCUGAUCGUGUUAUCGAAGAAGAUGACAUCCUGUAUGUUGAUUUGGGGCCGGUAUUCGAACAGUGGGAGGCGGAUUUCGGGCGUACAUACGUGCUCGGAGACGACCUCGACAAGAAGCGGCUACGAGACUCCCUUGAGCCCACUUGGAACGUAAUCAGCUCGCGUUAUCAUGAAAACCCAGAUAUUACAGGCGAUGGGCUCUUUGAAAUUGCCUGCGAAGUGGCUCAGGAAGCAGGAUGGGAAUGGAACGCCAAGAUAGCUGGGCACAUCGUUGGUUCAUUCCCCCAUGAGCGCAUCCCGCGGGACAAAACCACACUUUACAUAACGAAAGACAAUAAUCUACCUAUGAGCACUCCAGGCAAGGACGGCCUCAAAAGGCAUUGGAUCCUGGAAGUCCACCUUCGAGACCCAGCUCGCCAGUUUGCUGCGUUCCAUGAGAAGCUGUUAACGAUUGCUUGA